AUUUUGUUUAGCCGAAUUUGAGGUUAAAAUUGUUGUAACGACGCCGUCCUUGUUUUUGUUGAAAACUAGUUCGAAAAUAUAACAAUCAUGAAGCUUGUAAGAUUUCUGAUGAAAUUGAGUCACGAGACUGUGACAAUCGAGCUUAAGAAUGGUAGUGUCGUCCAUGGCACAAUCACAGGUGUGGAUGUUGCGAUGAAUACACAUCUAAAAGCUGUAAAAGUAACAUUGAAGAACAAGGAGGAGUUGCAAUUGGAAACACUAAGUAUACGUGGUAAUAAUAUAAGAUAUUACCUGUUACCGGACAGUCUGCCUAUCGAAACUUUGUUAUUAGACGAUGCACCAAAGGGUCGUGGUAAACGCGAAGGUUUCCCGAGAGGCGGUGCUCGCGGCGGUCGAGGCAGAGGCCGCGGAGGCCGAGGCGGACCAAGAGGCGGCCGCGGCGGCAGAGGCCGUGGAAGACGAUAACUUAAUUUGUCUAGUUUGUAAGAUUCAAAAGUAUGUGAUUAUAUUUUGGACCACCAUUUGAAGUUCUUUCAUUUCGGGUAAGAUGGGGUAAAUCUUGAAAUAUCAGGUUUUAUUUUACUUCAGUUACUACUAGAACAUUCUCAUUAUUUUUUGUAUUUAUUUUAAUCAAUAUAAAGAGACAAUAAUUUUUACAAGUCAAGUCAUUAAACAACUGUUGCCAAAUCACUACUUUUACAUUUAAAUCUCAGAGUAAUGCAGUCAAAAUUGAUUAACACCAUAGAAAAGACUGAAAUAUUCAGUCCUGGUAAAAUUUAAAAGCAUUAAUGUGUUGUUUUUAAGGCAUUUCAGCAAUGGUGUCUAGCUGGGAUUUAGUUUUGCUAUCCAAUGUCGUAACCAAUGUUUUAUUAUGCAGUUUUUACUGUAAAAACUAUAGAGUUAACUAUACAUACAUUCUAACAAAGUAUUGAGCGUUUUAUUUUUUUUAAUGACUGAUCUUGAGUUUUGCACUGUGCAGUGACCUCCCCUGCAUCAUGUUAAACCCCGCUAUAAAGCCACCAAGAUAUUUGAA